AUGUCACAAAUGGAGGAGAGGAAGGUGGAGAAACCAAAUGCGAAAGAGAGAAGCAAACACGAAGAAGAACAACUUCCUCCAAUGGCGUUGAACCACGUGUCGAGGCUGUGUAGAAAUGUGGAGGAGUCGGUGGAUUUCUACACCAAAGUUUUGGGGUUCGUUAAGAUUGAGAGGCCGCCAGCUUUCGACUUCGAUGGUGCUUGGCUGUUUAAUUAUGGAAUUGGGAUUCACCUGGUGCAGUCAGAGGAUGAGGAGAGGCUUCCUGCGAAUACUGAUCACUUGGAUCCCAUGGACAACCACAUCUCAUUCCAGUGUGAAGACAUGGAAGCAAUAGAGCGGAAACUGAAGGACCUGAAUUUGAAGUACAUUAAAAGAUCAGUGGAUGAUGAUGAAAAUAAAACAACAAUUGACCAACUCUUCUUCAAUGACCCAGAUGGAUUCAUGAUUGAGAUGUGCAAUUGUGAGAAUAUCAAGCUUGUUCCUGUAGGUCCCUUGGCGAGCAUAAAGCUACCAGUUGAUAGGCAUACUCCUCAUGUUGAUCUCAACCAGAAUGGCAAGGAUGCUAAUAAAUAG